GCCUCAUAUUUAAAGCGUGUCUUUUUCCACGCUUUGUUUUUAACAAACCCACACCCAGCAUUAAAAGGCAGUUAACGCUCAUUGAACUACGGCAGUGUAAGAAAUACAUUAAGGUGACCAAGAUUGACCAACAUGGCUGUAACAAACACAUUUACUGUUUUUGAGCUGGAUGGCACAGAAUAUUUUGAUAAUUUUACAGACUACAUUUACGACAAGAAGGAAAUGGUCUGUGGAGAUGAUGGUAUCGGUCUGCAGACCUUUCAAGCCGUUUUCCAACCGGUGCUGUACAGCCUGAUCUUCCUGCUGGGAGUGGCAGGAAAUGGCUUGAUGAUAACCAUCCUCCUGCGACGUCGGCACCGCCUGCGCAUCACCGAGAUCUACCUGCUGCACCUGGCCCUGUCUGACCUCAUGCUCCUUGUCACAUUCCCCUUUGAUAUAGUUGAGAAUGCCACUGGUUGGUUGUUUGGGGAGCUUCUCUGCAGGCUGAUGGGCCUGGUGCAAAACCUAAACCUCCACUGUGGGAGUUUUCUUCUGGCUUUCAUUGGCUUUGAUCGCUAUUUGGCAGUUGUUCAUGCUAUUCCCAGCAUGCAAAGUCGACGUCCCAGAACAGUGCUCUUAACAUGCUUUUCAUUGUGGCUGCUGUGUUUGGGUUUAUCAAUACCCAAUGUUGCUUUUCUUUCUGUGGGGAAAAGCAGCGAAAACCCAUCUACGCUCUUCUGCUCCUAUCAUCUUCAAAGUAUCUUUGCCAGCAACUGGGUUUUGACUAAAAGAGUAUUAGAUCAUGUUUGCUUUUUCCUUCCUCUCGCUGUCAUGAGCUAUUCUUACACAAAAGUGGUAGUGACUUUGUGCAAGAUUCGGAAAAGCAAAGCAAAGCACGGAGCGAUUCGACUGGCUUUACUCGUCACGCUCGUCUUUUUCUUCUGUUGGCUACCGUACAAUAUCACCUUACUGAUCACAACUAUGGGAGACCUGGAGGUUAUCGUUUAUGAAAACUGUAAAUCUUAUAACCUAGUUCAGUCAGUGCUUGAUGUGACAAAAAGAAUCGGCCUCUCACACUGCUGUCUGAACCCGUUCUUGUACGCCUUUGUUGGGGUGCGGUUCCGCAAUGAGCUGAUACAGUUAGUCAGUGCUGCGUCCGGAUCUGAGAGCUCAGUAUGAAGGUAGAUAUGUAUGAAGGUAGAUAUGGUGCAUAAUGCGAGAGCUUGUAAAACCUGAUGUGAGCACUUGGAGAAAAAAAAUCUUAGCUUGUGUGCAUACAUUUACACUUGAAGUUGGAUCAACAUAUUUGUGUGAGUCUGCCUUUUCACAUAUGAAAAUCAUUAAGUCAAAAUACAGAUCCACCAUGACUGAUGACCACCUUGCGGCCUGCUUACAGCUGGCACUGAGCUCCUACUGUCCGGACUAUGAGAGACUAGCUUCCUCCUCUCAGUGCCAGAAGUCCCACUAGGGUAGAGAACCACUUUUCCAACUUAAAUUAGGCAAUGUAUUAAUUGGGUUGUAUGUUGUUGUGUUGUUAUGGGCCAGUCCUAGGCCUACUUGUGCUUAUUCUUUGCACGACGUACAUUUACUUCAAUAAAUGUAUUAUUAUUAAAACUUGA